AUGUCUGCCCCUCAAGCCAGCGGCACCUCGGCCCCCGACCAGGCCUACGAGGAGUACAUACAUAAGCGCAUAUCAGACUACGCGAGAAUCACCUGGCCUUACGCUCCACCCGGCUUCUGCGCUGGCACCAUCCUGAACAUGCCGCGGCAGGGUGACCCCGUCGGACCCCACAUCCUCGUGGCAUACUGCCUCCACCCCAGCAUUGCCUGGGAAGACAUAAAACGAGUUCCGGCUCUGACGUAUGAGCUCUGGUUGGAGGAGGAGCAGAUGAAGGAAGAGGAGCGGAGGAGCGAGGAGGAGAAAGCGAGGUGGAGAGCGAGAAGGAAGAGGAGAGAGCAGCGGGAGAGGAAGAGGGAGAGAGAGCGCAGGGAGAGUGGAGUGCGGAACAAGAGACACAAAUGA